AUGUCCGCCUAUCGAAAUUGUUGCACCACUAACUUCUGUACAAAAAUUACCAAAACGUUUUCCUCAUCCGGACAAAAUAGUGCAAAAGCUCAACAGGUUGCCUUAUUUACGCAAUAAAAUCGCACAAACUCGCGCUGAAAUCAGGUCUGGUGCAAAUCCCACUCGAGGAUAUAGCCAAAGUAAUGCAGAACAGCUCUGAGGAAGAAACAGCUGCCAGGGCAGGGUCGGAAAAAUUUCACCGGCCGCAAUUCUUAUAACCCGGAACCAAGGCAGGAGGAAAGGAAACCGUCAUCAGUAUUCCAACACACCCCAUAUGUACUUCGGGUGGCUUAAUUUCCACUGAGAUUUGGUGAACAACAAGCCGGAUAAAUGGCAGCCAAGGAAUCUUUUCGAGAGCGACAAACCCAGGAGUUGGAGGUUAUAAAGUCUAUUUUUGGAGGCGAUGUGGAGGACCUCAGGCCGCAGCAAAACUCAGCCCUAUGGAAGCCCACGGAUAUCAGGAUUCUGCUCACCCCAUUGCGGGACUCCUCCAACGGCCUGGAAGCUUACGUGUGCACCAAGCUGCAUAUUACCUGUCCGAACAAAUACCCAAAACUAUCCCCAAAAAUCAUGCUCGAGGAGUCAAAAGGAUUAUCAGAUCAGCAGUUGGAGGCUCUGCUCAACCAACUCCAAUCCCAAUCGGAGGAGCUGCGCGGCGAGGUGAUGAUUUACGAACUGGCGCAAACGGUGCAGGCAUUCCUGCUUGAGCAUAAUAAGCCGCCCAAGGGCUCCUUUUACGAUCAAAUGCUGCAGGAUAAGCAGAAGCGCGAAAAGGAGCUAUUGGACAUCCAGAGGCAGCGAGAGUCGCUGCAGCGUCAAACCCUCAUCGACGAGGUGGAGAGACGCAAGGAGAUGUUCAAGACUGAGGCGAAGCGACGCGGCGAGCCCCGAAGAAGCAUGAGCGAGUCCAAUCCGCGACAUCCCAGCUCCUCGGAGAGCUCUGAAAACUCCUCGCCCUACUACCGCGGACACAUCUACCCGAGCAAGUGUUUGGAGCAUCGUAACACUGAGACACUGUACUUUCACAAGAUGGGAAGACAAAUCCAGCGAGGCUGUUGCUUAGGUAUGAUAUUUAAAAUAAUUAGUAAUGAAAACUCUUAUUAUUGUGACAUUUUUCCAGGACACUCACAAAAAGGAUGCAUCGCCUACACAGGCAUUGAUAUGCACAGUGGACAGAUCCUAUACAUAACCGAGUGGAACAUCAAGUACAGCCAACUGGAGCAGCCAUGUGGGGGCGGUGGAAAAUGUCACUGGAGCAGUGAGCUGAAAUGUGCUGGCGGUCAUCGGGUGGAUGAAGUCAUAGCCUCCAUCGAGAAGCAAGUGUCCACCCUGUCGCAGCUGCAGCACAAGAACCUCAUACAAUAUGAGUGCAUUUUGUGCAUCAAACGCAAGGAGGGAUUGCUUCUAUACCUCGUCCAGGAUUUUUUACUCGGCACUAGUGUCUUUAGUAUUUCCUCCUCGCUGGGAUGGUGUAUGGACGGCGCUCGCAUGGUGGCCCGCGGGGUAUUGGAUGCCUUGGUAUAUCUUCACAAUAAAGGUGUAUCCCACAGCCAUCUGUUGGACAGCACGGUCUUCAUGGAUAAUACAGGAAACGUGCGCUGCACCGACUUCUCCCUCGUGCCCAAUCUACUGGAGUUGCUAAGCGGAGCUGGCCAGAGCAGUACUCGCGGAGAUUUACCCGCUUUGGGUGCCCUCGUGGAGAGCCUUAUGCCCACCAACAGCUACGAAAUGCGUGACUUUGUGGACAAAUGCAAUUCGGACCGCACACUUUCCGCUUCGGAGCUGCUCGAGCAUCCGUUCCUUCGAUUCUAUGUGGACAACGGGCAACAACAGUUGAUACCACUUCCACAGGAGCGACAAGCUCCUGUCCAGCGUACGGGUCCGGCCAUGCCCUACCAGAUACCCACCCUGGCGUUGAGUCAGUCCCGCCUGCGAACGGAGUUUGAGGUCCUAAUGUAUCUGGGCAAGGGCGCCUAUGGCGAUGUGCUGAAAGUCCGCAACAUUCUCGACAACCGGGAGUAUGCAAUCAAACGAAUACCUCUGCCUGCUCGAAGUCGCCAGCUGUACAAGAAGAUGACGAGGGAAGUAGAGCUUCUCUCGAGGCUGAAUCACGAAAACGUAGUUCGUUACUUCAAUAGUUGGAUCGAAAGCGUAAACGACGCCGAUGCGGCCGAGAUGGACAAGCUUAUGGGUGGAGAGUGGUCGCAGAGCCAGCAGGAGCUUAGUGUAAAGCCGACCAAGUCGCCGCAGCUGGGACCAACUUUGGAGGAAGAGGAGGACGAAGAGGAUAGCUCCUCCAGCAUGUGGAAUGCUUACGAAAUACCCACUAUGGAUGACACAGAUUCGGAUGGCAUCGAGUUCGUGGACUCGAACGGCAAGGUGGCCGUCUAUGAUGAUGAGGGGGAGGAGGACAGUUCCACGCACGGGAAGUCGAAUUCGCCGCGGCCUCAGAUGCAGGUCAUGUACAUCCAAAUGGAGUUCUGCGAAAAGUGCACCCUGAGAACCGCCAUAGAUGACAAUCUCUAUGAGGACACUGAUCGCCUAUGGCGCCUGUUCAGAGAAAUUGCUGAAGGCCUUUCGCACAUCCACCAGCAAGGCAUCAUCCAUCGGGACCUGAAGCCAGUGAACAUCUUCUUGGACUCUCACGACCAGAUCAAGAUCGGAGACUUUGGACUGGCCACUACCAGCUUCCUCGCUCUGCAGGCGCACGAGUACCCCGCCCAUGUGCCCGCCCACAACAUCACCAGUGCCGAGGAUGGCACGGGCACUGGCAAAGUGGGCACAACGCUGUAUGUGGCUCCCGAGCUAACAGGAAAUGCGUCCAAGUCUGUGUAUAACCAGAAAGUGGACAUGUACACCUUGGGAAUUAUCCUCUUUGAAAUGGUCCAGCCACCGUUUGACACCAGCAUGGAGCGAGCCUCGACCAUUAUGGCCUUGAGGAAUGUUUCCAUAAACAUUCCGGAUGAAAUGCUAAAGGAUCCAAAAUACGAAAAGACAAUUAAGAUGCUGCGCUGGCUACUCAGCCACGACCCUGCCCAAAGGCCCACAGCCGAGGAACUUCUCAUCUCGGAUCUUGUUCCGCCCGCCCAGUUGGAAGCCAAUGAGCUGCAGGAAAUGUUGCGACACGCCCUGGCUAAUCCGCAGAGCAAGGCGUACAAGAACCUGGUGGCCCGCUGUCUGCAGCAGGAGAGCGACGAAGUUCUGGAGCACACCUACCACUUGGGCAGUAGUCGCGCCAUGAAGUCAUGGAACUCGGCGAUCGUCAUCGACGACAUUGUGUCCCUUAAUCCGGUAAUCGAAUUCGUCAAGGCCAAGGUGGUGAAUCUCUUUCGGAAACAUGGAGCUAUUGAGGUAGACUCGCCGCUUCUGUCGCCACUAUCCUCGAGGAACAGCAGUGCCCAUGCCAAUGCGAAUGCUGUGCACCUGAUGACCCACUCCGGAUGCGUGGUGGUGCUACCCUGCGAUCUGCGGACUCAGUUCGCUCGCCAUGUAACGAUGAACGGCGUGAAUCUCAUCCGGCGCUACUGCGUGGACCGCGUUUAUCGGGAGGAAAAGGUUUUCAACUUCCAUCCCAAGCAGAACUACGAAUGCUCCUUUGACAUCAUAGCCCCCACGCCUGGCAGCCAUCUAGUGGACGCGGAACUGCUGUCACUUGCAUUCGAGAUCACCAGCGAAUUGCCUCGGCUUAGGGAAAGGAAUAUCACGAUCCGAAUGAAUCACACGAAUCUACUGCGCGCCAUCCUCAUCUACUGCAAUGUUCCGAAAUCUCACUAUGGAACGCUGUUCGAAGGCACCAUGGACUUUAUCGAGUCGCGUAUCUCGCGCUUCCAGUUCCACUCCAGCAUCACGGUGAUUAUGGAGAAGUCUCGCACCUCGGCUCAGACUUUGAUGGACAUGUUGUUGGCCAAUUUCUUGUUGACCGGGUCCAGAAGCAGCGUCGACGACUCGGCCCUGAAGACCCUAAUGCGUGGUAAAGGAGAGGCUGCAUCGCUGGCUAGAGGAGCCCUGAGAGAGCUGGAGACAGUGGUUGGAUUGGCGUAUAGCCUGGGUGUCACUUGUCCCAUCCACAUCUGGGCAGGCCUGCCCAUCAGUUUCGAGCGCGCAAGUACCGGUGGCAUUGUGUGGCAAAUGACCGCCGAUCUGAAACCGAACCGCUCCGGCCACCCCUCGGUGUUGGCAGUCGGCGAGAGAUAUGACGCCAUGCUGCACGAGUUCCAGCGCCAGGCGCAGAGCUUCAACCCGGCUUUGCCCACACGCAGCGUUUUGAGUGGAGCAGGUCUGUCCUUCUCUUUGGAUAAGUUGGUGGCAGCCGUGGGCGUGGAGUACGCCAAAGACUGCCGUGCCAUAGACGUAGGCAUAUGUGUGUGUGGCACCCGGCCGCCCCUUAAAGACGUGACCUACAUUAUGCGCCUACUGUGGUCAGUGGGAAUCCGGUGCGGUAUUGUGGAGGCUGCCAGCGAAUUGGGAGAUGAGGCACAAGAUCUGGCACGAUUGGGAGCACUGCACGUUAUCCUCGUGGCGGAGAAUGGUUCCCUCAGAGUGCGUUCGUUUGAGAGGGAACGGUUCCAGGAACGUCACUUGAACCGCGCUGAGUUGGUGGAGUUCGUCCAGAAACUGCUGCGCGGCGACGGCAUCAAUGCGUCCACUGUGGACUACUCCAGAGAGAUAUCCAGCCAGAGUACUGGUGGAGGAAGCAGUGGCGGCAGGGAGCGGGAGCGCGGAGAGAAUGGGCUUUGCACGUCCGGCUCGAAUGCAACGAUCAGGAACAGCUACAGUCAGCUGCCAAACCUGCAGGUGUCUUUCCUCACCCACGACAAGCCCACGGCCAACUACAAGCGGAGGCUGGAGAACCAGGUGGCGCAGCACAUGACCUCCACCCUGGCACAGUUCAUCAAAAAGGAGUCGUUCGUUGUGCUGGUGGUGGAGCUGCCUCCAGCAGUUGUCAACGCCAUCGUAGGAGCCAUUAAUCCCCGCGAGAUACGCAAAAAAGAGACUGAGCCGGAAAUCAAUUUUGUGAUUGAGAGAUUUCCUAAAUACAAACGCUAUAUAUCGGAGAUCAAUGACGAAGUUUUGGACUAUCUGGGCGAUGCCAAGACACCAAUCGUGGCCUUGUACAGCAUUUCCGAUUCCUACUACCGCGUCAUCAUCUAGCCCGCACGACAGCCCCCCCUGGAGUUUGACUUGAGGAUUUUAGGACUACCUAGUAGUUCGGACCACUUCUUAGUUCUUAGUUUAAGUAUCGAAUUGUCUCAAAUUCAAUUUGGCCAAAAUUUUACUUAGGUGGCUGUGUUGCGAUGCCAUUUAACCAUUAAUCGAAUCAAAAUUCGUUUCUACCAGCCCUGUUUUUGAUUAUUUUUUGUUAAACUGUUUAGUUCGAUAAGUUCAAAAGCCAUUUUAACUGAAGACAGGGCCGCUAUUUAUACUUUAAAUUAUUUUUACUUGAUUAAAAGUACCCCCUUACUGAUGCUGUUCAUGCCUAAGUCAAAAGAAUAGUUACAAACUUAAGAAAUGAUUCCUAUGCUUACCGAAUUCGAUUUUAGAAAUAAAUUUUAACUAUUACAAGUUUGGAACUUUUGGUGGCAUCCACCCAGGGAAGCACUUAAGAGGCUCCUCUUGAAAAGAGAUUAGCUGUCGAAGAAAGCUUAUUGCAUCCCACUAACCGAAGGCGAUCCAAGAUCUGCGUCUUCAUCUUUAUAAUUUUUAUACGUAAAUGUUUUUAACACAAAAAUUGUAUUCCUUAAAAUAAAGUUGCGUAUGUGAA